AUGGCAAGAAGAAAGGCUAAAUUGUACAGUCGAUUUGAUGUUGCCACUUAUAUGCAAGAGAAGAAACGCUUAAGAAAAGAGACUGCAUUAGCACCCAAGACACUUGCGAAGAAAUUAGACAGGCUUAUAUACAGGGUAAGUGCAUGUAAAAUGCUUUUUUUCCCAUUCAUAUUGGGAGGUGUAUCUAGGCAAAUUUAUUAUAAACUGCUAUUCAGGGUCUUCAUAGAAAGUUUUCACGUUUAUAUUAAGGGCUCAUUUGUACAAAAAUUUACAUUGUUACCAAGAUUCAUGUAGCAGGAAGUUAUGCUUUAUAUUAAGAUUGAAUAACCCACCAGGAAUUAAGCCAUUAAGCUGCAUGACUCCCCUUGGCAUGUUGUCUUGUAUUAGACAGAGUAGAAGGGUCAUGACAGGUGCAUUAGAGACAUCAGUACUCAAUGGGUUUACAAGGAGAAAUUUUCAGAUUCGUAAAUUAACCCAUUAAGUUGCAAGACUCUCCUCAUGACGAGUAAAAUCAUCUGUCACCAUUACAUCAUGUACAUCAUAUAUAUUACAAUAUUACUUUACAUUUCCUGCAGAUUGAGGAGGUCUCAGAAGAAAGACAAAUAGUCAGCGGUGACCCCCAACCUGAAUUGCUCACUCCACCUGCCAAAAAGAAGAAAACGACAUUCCUUUCUGAAAAAAAUGCAAAAGCAAGAUGUGGUAAUCCAACUGUUCUAAGUUCUAAUGAUAAACCAGGGUUAUCUGCACAGGCAAUGGCAAGACGAAGAACAGAAACAUUUGAUGCUGCUUCAGAAAUCCAUGUGGCAUCCCCCGAAAAUCCCUUACCUACUUUAGUUGGUCUUUUGGAUACAGUGGAAAAGAAGUGCUCACAGGAAGUUCUUGUCAAGUUUAUGUCGACUAGUAAGAAAUUUAAAAAUGUAUUUUCUGUGAUAUUUAAGACUGCUUCAGAUAACUUUGAACAAUCAGAGGCAAAUAAACUCCGAAGUAUUGGAGUUUAUUACAGUAAAGGAGUGAUGGACAAGAGAAAAUAUAGAUCAACCUAUAGAUGUUUGUCCAUGAUGAGAAGCCCAAAUGGAAAAAGUAAAACCACUCGUAUUAAAGUUCUGUCAAACCCACUGCCUAGACUACUUCCUUACAACAAGCUUGCUUCUAUGCUCAAUGAAAUUGAAAUAGGAACGCUGUAUAGUGUUCGCGAUACUUUGUGUGAUGAUUUAGAGUGUGGAGAAAAGGUGGGUGGUUGUUAUAAGAAAUAG